GCAGUACCAGCAUUUUGGCCAUUCUGCAGGCUUAGCUCGCUGUUGACUUUGUUGUUGCUGCUGUAGUGUGGCGGCGGCUGUGACGUCGACUGCGACUGCGACGGCGCUUCAUCUGCCGGCAAAAACAAAACAAACGUUUACAGCCACCACGCCGUAUAAUUACAGAAAGCAUACACAAUGAGCGACGAUAGCAAAGCCAAGGAAGAAGAGAAAGUAGCUGGUGAAAGUGAAACUUCUGUUUCCGAGGAAAAGUCCAAGGAUAAGAAUCCCUCUCCAUCGUCGGAAAGCGAAAGUGAAAAAAUCGAAGCAAAGGAAGCGGCAAAUGAAACUGAAAAAUUGGAGGAUGCCGUCGCACAUAACAAAGCUGCUGAUGCCACACAGCAGGAUUUCAAGGCUUUCGAGGAGCACGUUAGCUAUGCGGCCGAUGGUGGCGCCAUCUACACGGAUCCCAGCACAAAGCAAAAGUACAAAUGGUGCGAUGAGAAAAAUGAUUGGAAACCUUUGAGUGAGAGUGAGGCGGCAACGGCGGGAAAUCUCUAUGAGAACGAACAUUACAAAUGGUGUCACGAUACGCAGCAGUGGCUGCCAAAGCAAUCUGCUGGAAAUGCCACCGAAACGGAGCACUAUAAAUGGGAUGAGCAGCAGCAAAAGUGGUUGCCGAAGAAGACAGAAGAGCAGCAGGCAAAGUCUGAAGUUGUCUAUGGUGUUGAUGAGAAUGGCGAUCGCACGUAUACAGAUAAGGAUGGCGCGGUAUACUUUUGGGAUGCCGGCAAAUCUGCGUGGUUUCCCAAGAUCGACGAUGAUUUUAUGGCGCGCUAUCAAAUGAACUAUGGCUUCAUUGACAACACCAGCGCGGGAGAGCGUGAGAAGGCGGAACGUGAGGCAGCCGAGGCCAAGCGCAAGGAGGAGCAACUGCAGCGCAUGACAGCCGAAGCUCAGGCUGCAAUGAAUGCGCCAGUUGGAACUGGCAAAGAUGGAGUUCCAGCUGCAGCAACUGGCAAGCGAAAGGCUCAAGAGCCGCCAAAAUGGUUUGAGAUGGAUCCAUCGCAGAACACCAAAGUCUAUGUCUCCAAUUUGCCUUUGGACAUUAACAUGGAGGAGUUUGCAGAGUUAAUGAGCAAGUGCGGCAUGGUGAUGCGUGAUCCUCAGACACAAAAGUACAAACUGAAGUUGUAUACCGAAGCGGAUGGACAAAUCAAGGGAGAUGGACUGUGUGAUUAUAUCAAAGUGGAAUCUGUGAAUCUGGCGCUGGAGAUACUCGAUGAGUACGAGCUGCGUGGACACAAGAUACGCGUGCAGCGCGCACAGUUUCAAAUGCGUGGCGAAUACAAUCCCGCUCUGAAGCCCAAGCGCAAGAAGAAGGACAAGGAAAAGUUGCAGAAAAUUAAAGAAAAAUUAUUUGACUGGCGUCCAGAUAAAAUGCGCGGCGAACGCUCGAAGAACGAGAAAACUGUAAUUAUUAAAAAUCUCUUUACGCCUGAGCUGUUUGAGCGGGAAGUAGAACUCAUCUUAGAGUAUCAAAACAAUCUGCGCGAAGAAUGCGGCAAAUGCGGCAUGGUGCGCAAAGUAGUCAUCUAUGAUCGACAUCCUGAGGGCGUGGCACAGAUUAAUAUGUCGUCGCCAGAGGAAGCUGAUAUGGUUAUACAAAUGAUGCAGGGUCGCUACUUUGGACAGCGACAACUGAGUGCUGAUCACUGGGAUGGCAAAACCAAAUACAAAAUUGAUGAAUCUGCUGCUGAGGCACAGGAGCGUCUGUCCAAGUGGGAUGAGUAUCUGGCUGCUGAGGAUGCUGCUAAGAAAGAGGCAGAAGAGACGCCUCAGGAAGCAGUUAAAAAAGAGGCACAGGAAGCGUCUGAAAAAACUGUUAAGCAAACUCUUGAAGAAACGGUUCAAGAUGCCAAGAAAGAGGUAGAAGAAGCUGUCAAGAAAGUGCUUGAAGAGACGUCUCAGGAAUCUGUCAAGCAAGUCUCAGAAGCAGCGAUUCAGGAAGCUGCCAAACAGGAAGCUGAGGAGACGCCUCAGGCAACUGAUGCUUAAGGCAUAAGUUGGAGUGUGUCAGUUGCUUGUUAAGUUUUGUUAUUCAUACCUGCGAUCCGAGCCGCGACGAUCGAUAACCUCCAGCACAACCUCAUUGGCCAAUGCACCGGGAUAGGUUGUGUUCCAGCGAUUGUAUA